AGCGCGUCAGUGGGCGACUGCAAACGAACGCAGCCGCUCUCACUCUCUCCUGUCAGAACAAAGCCCGCCAGAAACCCCUCAGCACACCUGGAUUUAUCUCUUAAAGCCGUGUAUUUUCACCUGAUGUAAAAGAGUGCUUGACAGGGAGCAGUGAUGGGCGCGUUUGGAGUGAUUCUGAGGAGUUUACACUGUGUGGGACUCUACAUCCAACUUAGUGCCAGUCUCAGACAAGCUGGAAGCGACGACGUGGAAAACCACAUAUCCAGCAACGCUCUCUUCACGGAAGUCCCUCAUGACAUCACGGCACAGAGCGGACAGGAUGUGGAGAUGGCCUGCUCGUUCCGGGGUGCGGGGUCACCGUCCUAUUCACUAGAGAUUCAGUGGUGGUACAUCAGGAAUCACAGAGAGUGGACUGACAAGCAGACAUGGACCACCAAUCAGGUGGUGCCGCAGAAUGAGAUGUCCAAGGAUGCCACCAAAAUCAGCGUGGUGAAGGUUGCGGGUAGCAACAUCUCCCACAAACUGCGUCUGUCCAACGUGAAGCCAUCAGACGAGGGAACAUAUGAAUGCCGUGUCAUCGACUUUAGCGACAGCAUGCUGCGUCACCAUCACGUCCGGGCAUACCUGCAGGUGGAGCAGGGCGAGGGGAACGCCGCGCCUCCAUCCCAGCAGGGAGCAGCGUCGCCGGAGGAACUUCUGCAGUCUGGGCACCACAAACACCAGUCUACCCAUCACGGCCACCACAAAGCCGGUCGAGAGCUCAGGAAGAGGUCCGCUGAUGACAGUAACACUGACUGCACGGAGAGUUGUGCACUUUAAAAUCCUGCUCUUAGUUCCACUCACACCUCCCCACACCCCGUCACGCCAAGAACCCAAAACCACCACCAUCCCUUAGUCCUUCAAACCCCUAAACCUUAACACAAGAUGUAUAUUUGUGUAUAAAACAACAGCGAGUUCAGAACAGCGAGUGCAUGACACAAAUCUUUCUAAUAUUUGCUAAGCAAAGCAACCAAAUCAGACACCUCUUUGGUCGUUUUUAGCGGAUUGAUGGUUUUGAUACAGUAGACAGAUGGAUGAAACUCACUGAGAAAUGUCAGUGCCGUAUAUUUAGCCAAUAAAGUAAAUAAAUAAAUAUGUUUUGCAUAACACGAUGAAGCCUAUUGAUGAAGUUUUUUGCAUUGUGACAUUUGUUUGUUAAUACUGCAGUCUAACGCGUUUGCCUUUCUAUAGCCAUCUCUGUUAUGUAGGUUACAUAAAUUGCAUCCUUAUUAUGAGCUAACAUUUGUGAAUUGUUGUAAGCUAAGGCAAGAGUUCUGAACACUGAUUGUUUAUGUACUCGCUCAUUUUUGUUUAUUUUUAACGGAUUGUAGUUUUAAGCACAUUGCAAUCCCUCAGAUUUCUCAUUUCUAUUAAUAGUAAUGCCUGGUUGGGUAUAAUAAAACAUGGGAAGGAAAUGUGCUUUAAUGUCAAAAUGCAGGAAAAAGAAUCUUAAAGUUUUUAGACUAGGCUUCUUAUGCUGUGAUGCAAAAUAACUUUCUUGUUUUUUCUUUUUCUUUCUUUUGGUUUUGGGGUAAAAUAUGACCCAGAUUUAUUUAUUGACCAUUUAUAUUCAGUAAAAAAAGGGCAGGACAAAAGUUGUAAAAUGUUAUUCAUCCGGUGAAAGCAAUUACAUUGACAUGCUGUAUUUACUCUCAUUGUUUACAUGUAUAAUGUAGAAGGCACCGGUCUGAGUCACAUUUAAAAGUGCCACUUUUCCUGCAAAUAUUUCAUUCAGCUUUAGUCUUAUCAAUGGACAGAUGGUGCACACAAACAAUAUUAUGUUUUGUGAUUUUUAUGCGGCUUUUAAAAGAUCUUUAAAGCAGUCACAGUAUGUUUAAUGGUAUUAAUGACUGCUUUCUUUCCGGUUUAUUUGAAUUUUAUGGUCGAGUGAGACUAUAUGUACAGAUUGUGUAUAUUACAGUAAUCCUACAGAACUGAUUUCACACUCAUGUACGCCUUUAUCACAGUAAUAAAAACAUUGUACAUUGAUCAUACAACUUGGUGUAUUAUAAAGACGCAAUCCUUUGUCUUUAAAAAAUAAAUUUGACUUCAGUAUUCUCAAAUCAACCUCUGCUCUC